GGCUCUGUGAAGUACACUCCAGCUGCACUCUUAGGUCCUGUGUCUCACCCGGUGAAUGUAUAUAUGCACAUGCAGAUGAAAAUAACCUCAGGAUGAUCAGGGUUGCAAGGACAGAACGGGACUUCACAUAGCACUGAAUGAGGACUACCGAUCAUCUUUCAAAGUGGAGGUGGCCAAGGUCUCUUCAGAAUUUGAUCCUGACAACAGCCACAGGCACAACAGCACUGAAAAACCUGGACAAGAGAGCAAAGCAGAGAACCAUUUGUGGGAAUGCCCCUUGCAGGGACUCCUGCUCCUGUUAAAAGGAAAAAGUCCACUAAACUAAUUGGGAAGCUGACACACGAAGUCAUGCCACAAGAGGUGUCCAAGCUCAACUUGGGGAAGAAGAUCAGCAUCCCCAGAGAUGUAAUGUUGGAAGAGCUUUCUCUCCUCACCAACAAAGGAUCCAAGAUGUUCAAAUUACGUCAGCUGAGGGUGGAGAAGUUCAUUUAUGAGAAUAACCCUGAUGCCUUCACCGACAAUUCUGUGGAUCACUUUCAGAAGUUCAUCCCACCAGGAGGGCAUUACGGGCAAGAUGCUCAUGGCUAUGCCCAUGGGCGGAUGGUAGGAGGAGUGACAGCCGGGCAGCAUGGCUCCAGUAAGCAGCAGUAUCCCGGUGGUCCUCCUAGGCCUGGAAGCAAAGGAGGCUCUAGGGAGAGCGAAGGGGAACGUGCGGGGGAAUCAGCUGGAAGUGGUGGAGGAGGCGAUGGUACCGAGAAAGAUGGAAAGUCGGGAGGCAAAAAAAUCACUGUAUUUAAAACUUACAUCUCCCCCUGGGAACGAGCAAUGGGUAUCAGCCCUGAGGACAAAAGUCAGUUGACCAUUGAUUUACUGUCAUAUAGUCCCAAAGCUGAUUUCCCCCAUUACAAGUCUUUUAACCGGACUGCCAUGCCUUACGGGGGUUAUGAGAAAGCAGCCAAACGGAUGACCUUCAAAGUGCCUCAGUUUGAUAUUUGCCCUUUGCUUCCAGAAUCUCUCAUGAUAUAUAAUCAAAAUUUCAGCAACAGACCCUCCUUCAACAGAACCCCAAUACCUUGGAUGCCUUCAGGAGACUCCUCCGAGUACCAUAUUGAGGUCAAUGUACCAAGGAGUGGUGAAACAGAAGAGCUGUAAAUCCCUACUGCCAAGGCCAGCUUUUUUUCUCAGUCCCUUCUAUUUGCAAGUUGAUAGUAAGGAGCUGAAAAGUGCAACUCCAGUUCUGUCAGCACUUCCUUUCUUUUGUCCUUACCCCAGACAAGUUCCUAGCAGGUUCUAAACUUAUCUUUGCUGUGGUGUUAAUCCAUUUCAGAAACAGUUUGAGGGAAAGGAGCUUUUUAUUCACCAGGACAUAAAAGGGCAAAACUAGGAAGUGUUUUUCUGUUUAGCAAUGCUAAAUGCUGCCUGUCUGCUCUAUAAUAAAUGUGUUUUGUCAUAUAUUAGCAAGUAAUAAAACACAAAGAGGAAAAAAAGCCUUUGUGUUUUCUCUUUUAAAAACGCAGCUGAAUCAGUAUGGGAAUUAGCAAUAACAAGUUUCAAUCUCACAACUAGGCUGUUAGCAUGGGAAGAAAUAUCAAGGACUGAUGGGGAAGAUCAUAAGACAGAUAUACAUCAAGGUGGCCUGGAUAAAUACUGCAAAACUGGUGGUGAAGAAUGAUGACUUCGAGUGGAAAUGAUACAGGUAAUCAUAACAGCAUCAGAGAUAAAAGAGCAAGUGAGCCUCUUGGUAUAACAGACAUUAAAGUAUUUCACGGUCACCUAAGAUUCCUCAGUUCUCUAGAGUAUAAAAUAGAUGACAGCUUAAGCAGGUUUUUUCUCACACAAAGAGACCAAUAAGGCAAUAGGUCAGGAAGGAAUAAAGGCACACUCAAGUGAGAUGACUUGCCCAUAGUUACAGAUCAAGAAAGAAAAAGCGUUAAUUACAACAGAAAUAAUUUGACACCUGCCACAGUGCAUUACAUGUUCAAUCAUACAGCAUCAAAGUCUAUUCCACUUAUUGUAACAGUUUUUGCCACACACACACAGGAAGAAAGGCAGGCACUGUGAAAAACCAAUAAAGAACUUUAUUUUUCUACAUGAAAUACCUUGUUUCAUGAACAGUUGCACUCUGACACAUAACAUACAAGAUCACUGUUUCAUUACCAUACCCUAGCUCAGCCUGC